CUUACAAGCGGAGGUAAAAAUACGCACAUCCUGUCGUCUGCAGUUUUGUUUACUUUUGUUCCAGGCGCAGUUCUUUUAUUAAAUGUGUCAUCAUGAUGGACAUAACCCAUUACAUGCCCUGUAAAAAGCCACGUAGGUCAACUAGGCUUGAAGAAAAAGAAAAAGAAGAACUAAAAGAACAAUCAAUAAAGAAGGCACCUCUAGGUUAUGUGGACAUACUGCCUCUGGAACUUAAAUUCUUUCUUUUACGAUAUUUUACAGUUGAAGACUUGAGUAUUUUGACAAUCACAUCAAAGGCAUUCAGGAAUUUAAUUGAAGGAUUUUUCAGCCUUUACCCUGUGUUAAGAAAGGAUUUGGUGAACAGAUUACACAUACAGAGCAUGUACAUACCUACACCUGUCACUAAACAAUGUGAUGUUUUGAAUACAUUCUGCAGACUAGGUCUAUUGUUAAAAAGAUCUACUUGUUUGUAUGCCACAAAAGAUAGACUUAAAUUCAUUAAUGAGGUUUUGACAAAGUUACUAUGUUCUAACGCUAUGGAGAACUGUGAGGAUUUGAACAAAUGUAUGGCUAUGACAUGUUUCGGCAAGUUUCUACACACUGUCAUAGCUGGCUGGGACGAUUGUGAAUGUAUACGUGCCUAUGAUUCAAUCUGUAACCAUUCCUGUCUACUGAAAAAUGUGAAGCUUGUAAUGACGUCCAAAACAGGUAGCCACCAAAGGCUAGAGUUUGAAAUAAGAUGUUUUUUCCGACGGGUGUUCCUUGACCAUUGUUCAUCGUUGCAAGACCGGGCUUUCUGGUUAACUAGAAUACUCAAGCCAUGGCCAUUGGUUUAUCAAGCAAGGCUUCUUUUCUUGCUGUAUGGACCAGUAUUGUCAGAAGAGAUUUUAUGGUACGAGUUAAGUGAGAAUACGCCAGUAACAGCAACUCAGUCCACCCAGCAUAUUGGUGAACUAGCCAAUGCCUUACAGAUCCUGCAUCAUUAUAAAGAGGAAUGGUCAGAAGAUGACAUUGUUAGCAUUAUAGACGAAAUCACAAGUGCACCAGAUGAAUGGUUAGCAGAAAACAUGGCACACCUACUGAUUCUAUGUGGGGAUGUUAUCACGUCUAAAAUGCUCAUUAGUAAAGCUAUCAAUGGUAGAACAUUAGAGUUGUCAAGUUUGACCACAGCAUUCUGUGUGGUUUGUGUUAAGAACAACCUGAGCUUGAAUUAUGUGAUAACUAUGAUCCGCCAUGUUCUCUCAGUGAUAGAAAAUGUGAAGGACAGACAGAACUUCUUCUCUAGUGUGAUGGACAUGUUCAAAGAGUUGAUCAUAGAUUUACAUGAAUUUGAUGAGGACCAGGGAAAUGACAUGUAUUAUAUGGUCACAUCAUUAGUGGAGUUCACAAAAAAAAUAAUCAACAUGGCAUUCAGGGACUCACUGGUUUCUUGAUGAUGAUGUGUGCAUUAGUAUUGUUUCUUACUCAGAGAAAAAAAAGCCGUAUUGACUUGUCUACGCCACCUUUAUAGAACUAGAUCAACCAGCACAUCCUUGCAAUCAGACCUGACUUGGAAUAUAGUGAAAUACUCCUGGAAGACCUUUCUUUAAAUGCUUAUUUACAUAAUAAAUUUGUAUGGUGCUUACAUUUAGCAUUUAUAGGCUACCAAACCAUUUUCAUAUGCUUUUCCUUUCCCGAAAAUUAUUUAUAUCCAGUUUCAAUUGAAAAGCAGGACUGUUCAGCAGGGUACAUGAUGAUAUGUUAUGUAAUUGAAACAAAUUUGCUAUAAGCUGUAAGGAAAUGAUUUGCAGAAAAAAAAUAAUAAGUUACAUCACCAAUUGAAGAGUAAUAUGUUUAGCUAAAAACUCAUGUUUCUUUCAGUGUAGCAACAAAUACACUGCAACCUCUGCUAAGGAUCCACCUAGAGAGCAAUUAAGCUCUUCUAGAGCCUUUCAGCAACAACAAAAAUCUCCCAAAGGAAUGUUACUCUAUCGAGGUUGCACUGUAAAUGUUUUCUAUACUGUUGUUAGUGGACAAACUGUGAUAGAUGUAUAAGUUCUUCCUAAAUUAGACAAUGAAAAUAUAAGCCAAUGUGUGAUUUUUUUUCAAUUCCAUCUCUGAUUUUUAGAUAUUUUGGCAAUCAAUUUAAAUUUAUUAGAUUUCAUUGCUAAAUUUUUGUGCUGGUGCACAGUUGAUUACCUCAGUUUGUGUAGAUUUGACAUUCAAUGUUGAAUAAACUGAGUUUGUCCUACAAUCUAGUAUAUUUUGACAUUAAAAUGUUGAAAAGAUAUGUAAAUACAAGAUUAUUUUGAGGUUAUAUGUUGAAUAAUUGUAUUCUCUACAUGUAUGUUACAGUAUAUAUUGACAUUAAAAUGCUGAGUAGACAUGUACAUACAAGACUCUUUUGAGUUUAUAUGUUGAAUAUUUGUAUUCUCUACAUGUAUGUUAUAGUAAAUUUUGACAUUAAAUGUUGAAUAGACAUCUACAUACUAGACUAUUUUGACAUUAUAAUUAUGUUGAAUAGUUGUAUUACCUGUGUACUACAGUAGUAUAUUUUGACAUGUUGUAUGUAUGUAUAGACAGAUGGGUGGAUGGAUGUUUUGACAUUAAAUGGUAUGAAGCUAUAUAUACUGAAAUAUUUUUGAUGGCUAAAUUAUGAUGCUUCAAUAGUCUUGUGGUCAAUUCUCAUAAAAUGUCUCACACACAUGCAAAUUACUGUCUUUUUCAUCUGUUACUUUUUGGCAGAAAGUACAAUUAUAGUGAAUUACUAUUUUGUAUGGAAAUGAAAUACUACCAUGUUUACAUUUGGUUACUUUAGGACAAAUGAUUUCACAUUUAUUGCUACUUCCUUCAGGUAACAAGCAUCUUAACAUUCUUCUAAACCAUUAUUUAAACAUUAUAGAAUUCAUGUUUGUCCUUACCAAAGAAGUUAAAAUCUAUUUCUUUCUAAGGCAUAAUGACACGCCUUUAAGAAAUUAAACAACUAUCUUUCUAAUCACAGGUGUUUUGGAAUUAUUCUUUUUUCUUCAAGACUACUUGCAGCAGAUAUAUAGCUUUAUACACAUAAAAUUAUAAAUAUCUUUGUUAUUUACAGAUAUUUAUAGUCUGACAUUAAUUAAAUGAUUUAAUAAUUUGUUAUUUUAAUGUAUUUACACAUUUUUGACAUUAAAUGUUGAAUUAUGAUUCCAUUAUAAAAAAGCUGUGAUAUAUUGUUACUGAUUUUUUAGUUUUAAGUAAAUUUAGAGAAUAUGAA